AUUUAAAAUGUUAAAUGUUCGUGUGUAUGUAGUUGGCAAACAUAUUUUUAAUAAGUACAGAUAUGAUUGAAGUUAAUUGAAUGUUGAGGAAUGGAACUACAAAUAUCCUUUGUAGUUUGUAGUCUAAAGUUAACGAUGUAUAAAAUACUUCUAUAAAAUGUAUUUGGGUGUGUUUUCAACAUGGCUAUUAGUUUGUAUGAAGCUCGGUAUGUGUAAUCGAUCAGAUUCAGGGAUGGAAGAAUUAAUUUUUGUUAGCAAUCCAAUAGAAGCGGGACUUCCCGGGCACUGGGUGCCGAUCAAUGUCCUAAAACAAGCUCUUGACAAUAAAAACUUGAAAAAAAUUAAACACGUUAUAAAACCACCAAAGAUCAUUAGAAAAUUGCCCACAAAUAAGGUACGAACAGAUAAAAUGAAACGGACAACUCCAGUAUUUGGUGCUUGGCAAAAUGAGUUACUAACAAAGAGAACUACACGAAAAAGGUUAAACAAAACAGGAACAUUUAAAAAGUUCCCCGUGACAUCAAUUUUAUUAAAAACAUUAGAAGAUCAAAACCACAAUAAACAUACAAGUAAAACCCCGAAGCGAACGUCUACUGAAGAGCAUGAAACUAAAAUUGCAGGAUUGCUGUUACAAGAGCCAAAAAAAAUAAUAUCGAACACUAUACAUAGCAGGACCAAUGAAGAAUCAACAAAAUAUCUAGAAACGACAGAAUCAAUUAUAUUAAAGGAAACAAGAUCAGAAACAAAGCCUCAACAGGCAACGAAGUACACAUUGCAAGAAAUUACAAAAAGCAAAACGAAAUUAUUCGAAGUAACUCAUCCUGUGACGCAAGCAACUAAAAUCACUACAGAAAAUACAACAAAUAUGCCUGAGGUACAUACUCAGGGAAAGCCAAGUUUACUGUCCAAUACAUUUGAAACAUCUACCUCGUGGCCCAUCGGGUUCAAGACAUCUUCCAUGUCAAGAACGAAGACAAGCCUUAAAACGUCUACCUUAUCAAUGAAAACGUCAUCAAAACCUGUAACAUUUACCUCUACGACUUCACCAACAACAGCAUAUUUAACUACUGAGCCUUCGAAAACAACAUCUACUAUAUCUAAAAUAACGCUGUCAAAAACAUCUAUUUCUCCAAAGCUUACGACCACAGCAACAACUAGUAUACCAAAAACAGAAUCUACUGAAACAUAUUCUGCUACACAGAAUCCACCAUCCACAAAAGUCUUAAAAACUACUGUCAAAACAACGCCGGCGAGUAUUUCUUCCACUCAAAAGCGACCGAUGACAACAAUAAUUACUACAGCCAAAACAACGCCGACAAAAAAAUCUACUGUUCAAAAACCACCUAUGACAACAGUAACUACUACAACCAAAACAACCUCGAUAUCGAUAGAAACAUUACCUACGCCAGUGUCGCUGUCCACAACACUAUCUACGACCGCAAAAAUGACACCAACAAUCCAUUCAACAACUUUAACACCACAAACAAUAUCAACAAAACCAGCGGCAUCCACAACAGCAGAAACAAAGUCAACAUCACAUUUAACAGCAGCUUUUAAGGCACAAACAACUUUGACGUCACAAAUAAUUUCAACAAAACCAGCGGCAUCCACAACAGCAAAAACAAAGCCAACAUCACAUUUAACGACUUCUACACCACAAACAACACCGACAACACCAAACACAACUACUGCAGUAAAAACAACGCCGAGUAAACCAGAGAACACUACACCAACCCCGCGCCCAGCCAUCAUUUCGACUGUUCAUCAUAAGUUAAAAAAAACAAAAUCAGAUCCAUUUUAUUAAUUAAUAAUUAUUAAUUUUGUUAACAGUUCCAGUACCUAUUUGAUGUUUGUGUCUUUCUGUCAGUAGUUUUUUUAUAAGUACGUCAUAAA